AUGGCGCAGAUACGCGGCACAGCUGGCUACCAUCUGGGCAACCAAAGCCCAUUCGGCAACUCGGGGCGCAACGACGAGAGCAGAAAUGACCCCAGUCCGCUCGAUCAAUUGAGGGCGCAGACAAGCAAGCUCGAGGACAUGCUGGACACUGUCGCCGACCCCAUCAAGCCUUACCUACCUGGCAUCGGCCGCUUCCUCAUCGUCGUUACUUUCCUCGAAGAUGCCCUAAGAAUCGUUACACAAUGGACUGAUCAGCUCACAUACCUACACGACUACCGCCACAUCUGGAACGGAGUCACACACCUCUUUCUCAUCACCAACAUCAUCUUCAUGAUCGUCUGCUCGUUUGGUGUCAUCUUCCGCAAAUACUCUGAAUACAGCGUCGCGGGCCUCAUGGCCGUCGUCGUUUUACAAGGAAUCGGUUACGGGCUUGUCUUCGACCUCAACUUCUUCCUGCGCAACCUGUCUGUCAUGGGCGGUCUGCUUAUGGUAUUGUCUGACUCCUGGGUCCGCAAGAAGUUCGCGCCUGCUGGCCUACCCCAACUCGACGAGAAGGAUAAGAAGAUGUACUUCCAGCUUGCUGGUCGUGUCUUGCUCAUCUUCCUCUUUGUCGGAUUCGUUUUCCGUGGUGACUGGGGCUUCUGGAGAAUCAUUGCUAGUCUUUUGGGACUUGUGGCUUGUGUCAUGGUUGUUGUUGGUUUCAAGGCCAAGUUCUCGGCCAUUAUGCUGGUGCUUAUUCUCAGCGUCUUCAAUCUCUAUGUCAACAACUGGUGGACACUGCACCCGCACCACCCCCACAAGGACUUUGCCAAGUACGACUUCUUCCAAAUCCUUUCCAUUGUUGGCGGCCUCCUCUUGCUGGUCAACAUGGGCCCCGGUCAAUUUUCCGUCGACGAGAAGAAGAAGGUCUACUAG